AUGACAGACCAAGAAACCCUUGGGAAUAAUGAGACUACAACGAGGCAGCGCAGGUGGAAUUCUGAUGGCAUUAGAGUUCCUGAACCACAAAGCAUUAAUGUUGCAGCUUCUACCACACGGUCCACACCUAGGGAUGCAUUUCAGCCUACUAUGAAACACAAGUUUUCUAGAUCUAAUUCUACAUUAGUGAUGAGAAGCCAAAGGGAACGUGUUGUCCCCCCGGUGUCAAAGCCUCCAACAAAUUCUCUCAGAAUUGAUCGUUUUCUUCGGCCUUUUACCUUGAAAGCUGUGCAAGGCCUUCUAGGCAAAACGGGUACUGUCACCAGUUUCUGGAUGGACCACAUUAAAACACACUGCUAUGUCUCAUAUUCAUCAGUUGAAGAAGCUGUAGAAACUCGGGAUGCUGUGUUUGACUUACAGUGGCCUCCAAAUGGAGGGCUCCAGCUGGUGGCCAAGUUCGUUGACAGUCAGGAAGUUAAAAUGCGGGUUGAGGCUCCACUCCCGUCCCCUGCAACUCCUGUCAGCACUGGUACUAUCCUCCCUCCAACUCCACCCACCAGGCAGCCCCAGCCCUCUCCCUGGCUACAGGUUCAGAGACAGCACCUUCCAACAGCACCUCUUCUUCCACCUCUGCUACCAUUGACUAAUCCCCUACCAGCAAGGGAACAGCUUCCUCUUCCCCCACCGCCUCCAUCUCCUGAGAAAGUUGACCCUCCAGUCGUAACUCUGGAUGAUCUCUUUAGGAAGACCAGAGCAACGCCACGGAUCUACUNACCCACCAGGCAGCCCCAGCCCUCUCCCUGGCUACAGGUUCAGAGACAGCACCUUCCAACAGCACCUCUUCUUCCACCUCCGCUACCAUUGACUAAUCCCCUACCAGCAAGGGAACAGCUUCCUCUUCCCCCACCGCCUCCAUCUCCCGAGAAAGUUGACCCUCCAGUCGUAACUCUGGAUGAUCUCUUUAGGAAGACCAGAGCAACGCCACGGAUCUACUACUUACCGUUGUCUGACAAACAAGUUACAGCAAAGCUGAGGGCACAGGGAAAGGUGCCCAACCAGUCUGCAGGUGUUGCUUGUAGAAGGGGACUGUUUUCCGUCAAGGAGGAGCUGGUUCGUUGGACUUUGGUUUUUCUGGUAACUGCUUUGGGUUGUACCCCCCAACUACUAUAG